CAUCAUGUGUUGUGCUGCAUUCAUUCAUUUCCUGGUGUGUGUUCGUACCCUGCAAUGCAUGUCAUUAAUUGGACCCCAUUAAUGUUCAUGUCCUUCCCUUUAACUGUCUCUGUUGGUUUUUAAUCCUGCACUGACUUUUCUGGAAGAGAAUCCGCCAUUAAUGCAUUCUAUUUUUUCAUUUCCACACUCUCCACAUUUAAUGCUGUCACUGUCAUCUUCACUGCAAUCUGCUUCUCUCUCACCCCACUUCUGUGCAAAAUAAAAACCAAAAAAUGCAAAACGCACACCCUCAUAAAGACCCUCCCCUUUCAUUGUUUGUGCAAGUUCUUCACCUCAAUGAUGAUGCAACUUCUCAAUGCUACAGCACACGCAUUUAUUGCUUGUCUCAGCUUCAAACUCGCUGAUCAUACUUGCAAGCAAGCCCCCAUCCAAUAGCAAUGCCACCUCAAAUCAACUUUUCAUUUUUUCAACAUCUCCAACUCCUUCACUAUUUAUUUGUCCUCUCAUUGCUUUGAGUGCCUCCAGUUCCUUCUGGGGUCUUUCUGUAGUGUUGGAAAUACAGGGAGAACUUGUCUCCAUCAAAGGGUUCUCCAAGUUUUCUGCUUGUUAUAUAUAUUUACUUUGUUGAUGUCCUGUGGUGUGUUUUUGUUGAGAGUUUAAAAGAGAAUGGGAAGAACACCAUGUUGUGACAAAAAGGGUUUGAAGAAGGGACCUUGGACAGCUGAAGAAGAUGAAAUUCUUGCUAGUUAUAUCAAGAAAAAUGGUGGCCAUGGAAGCUGGCGUUCUCUUCCAAGGAUGGCAGGUCUUCUUCGUUGUGGCAAGAGUUGCAGGCUUAGGUGGACAAACUAUCUCAGACCUGACAUCAAGCGUGGUCCCUUUACUCAAGAGGAAGAAAAACUAGUCAUUCAGCUUCAUGGCAUCCUAGGAAAUAGGUGGGCUGCAAUAGCUUCUCAGUUACCAGGAAGAACAGACAAUGAGAUAAAGAACUUAUGGAACACCCACUUGAAGAAGCGUCUCAAAAGCAUGGGACUUGACCCUCGAACUCACGAGCCAUUGGUCUCAUCUCCAUCUUACCCCUUCCACAAGGCACAUGCAUCUGUGUCCACACGCCACAUGGCUCAGUGGGAGAGUGCUAGGCUUGAAGCUGAGGCCAGGCUCUCAAAUGAGUCAAUAAGGUUCAGCCACAACACCACCAAUCCUAAUUCAGAUACCAAAACCACUGACUCUGACUACUUUCUCCGCAUUUGGAACUCUGAAGUUGGAGAGGCAUUUCGCAAUGUUGUUGUUCAUCACAAAGCUGAUGACAACAAAAUCACCACUACCAGCUCCUGCCCCAGUCCCCUCUCUGCAGGAUCAUCCUCCAACAAGUGUGAGUCAGUUGCAAUAAAUGCAGAUUUGGCUUCCAUUGCACAAGAAACCACGCCCUCUAACAUUGUGAAACAAGAGUUCGAAUGGAGGAUUCGUGGAUCUGAUUCUUCAAGCUCUAAUGACAUGGAGGAUUCAUCAGACACUGCUUUGCAGCUCUUGUUAGAUUUUCCUAUAAACAAUGACAUGAGCUUCUUAGAAGGAAACUCUUUUAUGUGUCCACUUUAGUGCAUUUGCAUGAAUUAUAGGGUCAUCAUGCAGCUUUUGGUUUGGUGUUUUGUAAUAUUGCUGUCUGUAUAAGCAUUUGAACAAGUAGGAGAAUAUGACUUGGCAAUUAGCUGAAUAUGGUCCCUGUGAUAGGUGAGCCAUUAUUGUGGAUUUUUUUAUAGUUUAAG